CAAUUGCGGCACCGUCGCGAGCCGAUCUGUCUCUCACUUCCAUCUCGCCUCCGCGGCGCGAAACCCUAGGUUCGCGACGCCAUGCCGGCCUCUGGGUCGCCCCGUGAUGGUCGAGGCGCCGAGGAGGAUGAGGCGGCGCGCAGCGGCAGCAAGUCGCUAGACGCUGAAUGCAACGACCGCUCAAAGGGGAGCCGGAACCGGGACCACCGCGGCAAGUCCAAGCGGCGAGAGGAGGAGGAGAGCGAGUCCUCCGGAGAGGACUCCAGCGAGCGACGGAAACGGCGUAGAAAGGAGAAAGAGCGCCGGCACAGGCGCCGGCGCCGCAGCAACAGUGAGAGCUCGGGCUCGUCGUCAGAGUCGGAGUCCGAGUCGUCGUACUCGGGGUCCAGCGUGGAGUCUGAGAGCGAGUCGGAGUUGGAUUCGGAGGAGGAGAGGCGGAGGCGGCGGCGCAAGAGGAGGAAGGAAAGGGAGGAUGAGGAGAGAAGGCGGAGGAAGAAGGAGAAGGAGAGGAGAAAGAGGAAGGAGAAGGAGAAGGAGAGGGAGAGGAGGAAGAAGAGGAAGGAGGGGAAGAAGAAUUUGGGGAAGAAGGGCGCUGUGACCAACUCGUGGGGGAAAUAUGGCAUCAUCCGUGAGCUCGAUAUGUGGAGCAAGCGGCCAGAGUUCACUGCAUGGCUAUCAGAAGUCAAGCAGGUUAAUUUGGAGGCAUUGUCAAAUUGGGAAGAGAAGCAAAUGUUCAAGGAAUUCAUGGAGGAUCACAAUACAGCCACGUUUCCAUCAAAAAAAUAUUAUAAUUUAGAUGCUUACCAUCACAAAGCAAUGGAGAAAGAGAAAAAGAAGGGUUUAAAAAUGAUUGUGACAGAACGCACUGUAUUUAAUGAUGAGGAACAGCGACGACUAGAAUUGUUGAAGGAGCGUGAGCGCCGAAAGGAGGAAGAAGUGGAAGCUUUAAAACGCUCUAUGCAAGCUGGACUGGCUCAAGACAUGAAGGAGCAGGCCCGUCUACGCGAAGAAAUGAACUACCAAUACAGGUUGGGCAAUUUUCAGGCUGCAGCUGCAAUCCAGAAAAGAUUGGAUCCUGAUGCUCCCUUGCAGUAGCCGGUUCGUGGAUAGCCCAAUUCCCUGCAGUUAUUCCUUGGCUUUCCUGGACACUGUAGGACGACGAGCAUACCUUAGCAUAUUGAACGGCUGCUAGCUACUACGAUGUUUUUUUUAUAUAGUGUGCCAGAUGCUACUUUUGUAUUGUAUCGGCAGAAUUUUGAAUUCCAGUUAUUCAGACUCAGUUGUUUGUU